AUGGCGGGAGCGGCAGCAGCGGUGUUCAUGGAUGGGGAGCCUUCACGGAGCUUGGCUACUUCAGAAGACGAUGCUGAUUUCGAGGAGGAUGACAUGAUUCCCGACAUAAUUAAUGAGGAUGCGAAUGCAUAUGCUGCCAAUAUUCAAUUACAAAAUGGUUUGAUGGGAAAUCACAGUGACAUGGAGGAUGAUAGGGAGGGUCCAGAAGGUGAAGAAGAUAUGUUAACAGACGAAGAUGCGGACGGAGAGGAGGACGAUAGAAUGCUCGACGAGCGAGAACAUAUGGAGCAUACAGAGGAGGAAGAGAUCGACGAGAAUUUAGGGCCAGGUGAAGGAGAUGAGGAUGAUGACGAUGCUGAGGGAGUUGGUGCUGUCAAGAUUCAGCCUGGCUUAGAGGAUGACGAUGAUGAAGAUGCAGAGAGUGGUUCAGACAGCGACAGCUCUGCAGAGAUUGAAGAGGAAGAUGAUGAAUCUAAGGACUCUAGCGACGUCGAGGAAGAAAUUCGAUGGCAAUCUAAUGGAGAGGAAGGAGAAGAGGAAGAGGAAGGACAUGUAAAUCCCAAUCGCUGCAUAUUCUGCGAGCAGGAUGAAGAUGACGAUCCAAGUGAAGAAUUCGAACUUUAUUUGGCAUGUGAGAUGUGUGGAGACAAUGCGCAUCGGCAAUGCGCCAGAAAUUCGGAUGCACUCAAAUCCGACGAAGAGGCGGAAAAUUGGUAUUGUCCAGGAUGUCAUAAAAAUCGUCUUGUGCCUGGAAGUCCAAGUGCAGAUGUCGAUAUGCUCGAAGCCCCAGAUGAAGAGGAAGAUGGAGAAGCAGAAAUUAAUGAUGAAGAUCUGCCCGUUGAAGCGGCUGAAAGGAGAAUUUCAAGGGACAGGGUCCCGGGAGAUUUAUUACCGCCAAGACGUGAAGAUCCCAUGGAUGGCUCACGUUUGUUGCGCAAGAGGAAAACUUCUUCAGUGGAGGCUGAUGAGGGUCUGGUUCUGAGAAAGAGGACCAGGGAUCGGGAUACUCUUUCCGAUUAUUCCAAACCAUCGUUUGACGAACCACAUGAUGAAGUUAAAGUCGACAAUGAUAGUAACUUGUCAUUGACCAACGGUAAAAGAAACAAGAGAAGGGCGGACGGGCCUACAAGUCCACGUGUCUCAAGAUCCCAGCGUCAGAAAACUUCUUCAUCUUCAAAUCCGCCUGUCAGUAUCGUCGAGAAAGUAACCGGCACCCUCAAAAUUUGCUUUCGCAUUGACCCUUUGGAGUUGAGACAUAUCCUCUCACUACCCCCUAGACCAAAAAAGAAACGUGGCGGCCGGGGUGUAUCAAAAGCUCGAUCCACGGCUACUUCCAGCGCCCUUGUCCCCUCAAGUUAUUCACGACCGUUCUACCCUUCCAUUCAUGAUAAAGAAUUGGAGGAACUAAAAUCUAAACCCUACGGUGGCAUUCUUUCCGAAGCUGACGCCGACACGUCUUUGACACUCCCUAGAGCAGAACAUCGACGUCAGUUUGAAGAGGCUCGUCAAAAAGCAGAAGAGGAUUGGAAAGCAAGGGCGGCGGCGGCGGCUGAAGCUGCUGCCAAAGCAGGAUUGAGAAAAGCACGCAAGGUGUCUGGCCCAGCCAGCCAAAUCGAAUAUAUUGAUUUCGGGGCAUAUCAGAUCGAUAUCUGGUAUGCCGCUCCAUAUCCGGAAGAAUAUAGUCGGAAUAAAGCACUUUUCAUAUGCGAGUUCUGUUUGAAGUACAUGGAGUCCGAUAUCGUCGCUUGGAGACACAAAACGAAAUGUCCAUGGAAACAUCCUCCUGGUGACGAAAUAUAUCGAGAUGGAAAGAUUAUGAUCUUUGAAGUGGAUGGACGUAAGAACCCACUUUACUGCCAAAAUCUUUGCCUCUUAGCAAAACUUUUUCUUGGAUCAAAAACUUUGUACUACGAUGUUGAACCUUUCCUCUUCUAUGUCAUGACAGAAUAUGACGAACUAGGCUGCCAUUUUGUAGGUUACUUUUCGAAAGAGAAGCGACCUAGCAGUCUCAACAAUGUCUCGUGUAUCCUCGUGCUGCCGAUUCAUCAACGGAAGGGAUAUGGCCACUUGCUCAUCGACUUCUCGUAUCUUCUCACACGCGUUGAGAGGAAGACUGGCUCUCCUGAGAAACCGCUUUCCGACAUGGGUCUGGUCUCUUACCGCAAUUACUGGCGGCUCGUUUUAUGUUAUUACUUACAAAAGUUCGAGCCCUCUGGACGUAUUCCAAGUAUCAAGGCUAUUUCCGAUGAGAUGGGUUUGACGCCGGAUGAUGUUAUCUCAGGCCUUGAUGCCAUGGGCACGCUCGUCCGUGAUCCCAUGACUGGUACCUAUGCCAUGAAGUUGAAGCCUGAAUACUACAAGGAGGUCAUUCGUCAGCAUGAAGCGAAAGGAUAUGCCAAAUUAAAUCCUAAAGGGCUGGUCUGGACGCCGUUUGUUAUGGGUAGAGGGAAUGCUUCUGCUUACGAUCAUGCACCGCCGCUGAACACCGUCGCACCACGUGAGGAAGACGAAGAUGAAGUACCUAGCGUUGAAGGUAUAUCUAAUGCGAGCGUUCAGGGCGCUGCAUUGAAUGGUCUUACGAAUGGUGAUACAGGAGAGAUGACAGCAUCGUUAGGCAAGAUGACCACCGAGGCUGGUGAUGGUGUUAGAGUUGCAAGUUCAGAAGGCAGUGUUGGGAAGUCAACGGUGUCGCAGAAGCUCAAUGGCAUUACCAAAAAGUCAUACUACGAUCUUGCCUCUUCAAUUCCUCCUGUACGAUUUGUGGUGUUUCCCCCGCUACCUGGUGCUCGAAGCCGAACUAUCUCACGCCCCUCUUUGGCGCGACCUUCUCCACGCGCAAGGCCGUCGGUCUCUUCAUCUGCUCGACCCAAACCUCGACGGGGAAGCGGAAUACCCAUUCGUCGUGCGUCCACUACAUCUGCAUCUGCACCAAAGCCACGGGCUGUAGCACGUAGGAAAAGCGGAGGUACGGGUCGCGGACCUGGUAGAUGGCCAAAGGGAACUAAGAAGAGUGAUUUCGGCAAUGCCGACAGUGGUCCGGGCUUACCCCCUAGAUUGUUAAAACAGCGAAGUAAGUUAGGGAAUGAGGUACUACUCGGCGAGGAAGAAGAAAAUGAUGAGGCAAAAAGUGACCAGGAUGAAUCAGCAAUCUACGAUACUCCUGCGCCGAGAUCGAGAAGAGAUAGAGACUCGUCACGCAAGGGUGCCGGGCUAGGCAAGCCUAUUCUCUUGGGCAAAGGCAAAGGCAAGGGGCCUGCUACAGGAAAAGGCAAAAGUCCUCUCGUUGAUGCUGAAGGAAAUCAAGAAAUGGCUGACGCGCCAGUUGACGAAGUAGAAGCUUAUCAGGAUGGUAAUGUGGAUGCGGAUGCAGAUGCCGACGCAGAUCCAGACUUCGAGGCGAUUUCGUAUCGGGGUGCUGGAGAGGAUGUGGACGCCCACGGCGAAGAUGAAUAG